CGUCUUUGUUUUGACGCAGAGUAUUCUCGAUGGAUGAUAAAAUGUCUAGUAGUUCUCCGGUUUCUAAAGGUACAUCAGAUGCAGUAACUACCGUACCCAAAACCGACAAGAAAGAGCCCGAGCCCAGUGGUGAAGAGGGAAAACGCCGAGCGUCACCGGUUGAUGACAAUGACGAUACUCUCAGUUCUGAAGAUGCCGCUAGACGAAGCAGACGAAAAAGACCAAGGGUAGAAUACAAAGAAAUGGAUGAACAUUUGGCAAACUUAUCAGAAGAUGAAUACUACUCAGAAGAAGAAAAGAAAGUGAAACCAGCCAAGGAAAAGCAUCACCAUCACCACCACCACCAUCAUCAUCAUCAUCCACAUCUUCUCCCAACACACCUACAACAUAAACAAGAGCAGCUUCAGCAACAGCAGCAACAGCAGCAGCAACAGCCAUCUGCUCCUCCACCAAAAGAGGAGGAGAUUGCAGACGAGAGUGAGUUGGAAGAUCCAAGCCAAGUUGCAGGUCUUGAAGGUGCAGCAUUCCAGAGCCGCCUGCCGUCAGACAAGAUGACACAACAGGAAGCAUUAUACUUUCCAGAAAUUGCUGCAGCAUCACCACAAACCCAAAAAGUCUACCUGUACAUAAGGAAUAGACUGCUUCAACUUUGGUUAGAGAACCCCAAACAGCAGUGCACCUAUGAAAAUGCUUUAGCUCAAAUAGAGCCUCCAUAUAACAGUGAUGGAAUGUUAAUAAAAUGUAUUCAUGGGUACCUUGAAAGAGUUGGGUUGAUCAAUUUUGGUGUUUAUAAAAGGCUGCAACCAAUACCAGCAAAGAAGAAGGGCAAGAUUGUCAUUAUUGGAGCAGGCAUCUCUGGUCUAGCUGCUGCCAGACAGUUGCAGUCUUUUGGAAUGGAUGUUGUCAUAUUGGAAGCAAGAGACCGUGUCGGAGGUAGAGUAGCAACCUUUAGAAAGGGGAACUACAUAGCAGACCUUGGAGCCAUGGUGGUUACAGGUUUAGGAGGAAAUCCUGUCACGGUGUUAAGCAAGCAAGUUGCUAUGGAAUUACAUAAGAUAAAACAAAAAUGUCCACUGUAUGAGAGUAAUGGCAAUACAAAGGUCGCCAAAGACAAAGAUGAAAUGGUUGAACGUGAAUUCAACCGUCUGUUAGAGGCCACGUCAUACAUGUCUCACCAGAUGGACUUCAACUUCAUAAGUGGGAAGCCUGUCUCUCUGGGCCAGUCCUUGGAGCUGGUCAUCAAGCUACAAGAAAAACAUGUCAAAGAAAAACAAAUUGAACAUCAGAAAAAUAUCAUUGAACUUCAGGAAAAACUAAAGAAGAACCAAAAUCAGAUGAUCUCCUUGAAAGAUAAAAUCCAGGAAUAUCAUAAACAGUGGAAAGAUGCCUCAGAAGUCAAACAGCCCAGGGAUAUCACAGCAGAGUUCUUAGUAAGGAGUAAACAGAGGGACCUCAAUACUGCAGUUAAAGAAUAUUCUCAGUUAGUUACACAGCAGAAAGAAAUAGAAGACAAAUUACAUGAACUGGAGUCAACCCCUCCCAGUGAUGUAUACCUCUCGUCACGGGAUCGCCAAAUCUUGGACUGGCAUUUUGCCAACCUUGAGUUUGCUAAUGCUACACCACUGUCCAAUCUUUCCCUCAAACACUGGGACCAGGAUGAUGAUUUUGAAUUCUCAGGAAGCCAUCUCACAGUGCGCAAUGGCUACUCCUGUGUCCCAGUUGCAUUGUCAGAGGGAUUGGACAUCAAACUAAACACAGCAGUCAGACAGGUCAGACAUGGACAACAUGGUGUGGAGGUAGUGACCAGUAAUGCUAGAAACAACAGCAAUCCUCUCACAUACAAAGCUGAUGCAGUGCUGUGUACACUUCCCCUGGGUGUGAUGAAGGAAGCAGUGAGGGGGUCAGGGCCCAAUGCUGUCCAGUUUAUGCCACCUCUUCCAGACUGGAAAACUGCAGCCAUACAAAGAAUGGGCUUUGGGAAUCUCAAUAAGGUUGUACUGUGUUUUGAUCGUAUCUUCUGGGAUCCCAAUGCCAACUUGUUUGGUCAUGUUGGCAGCACCACAGCCAGCAGAGGAGAGUUGUUCCUGUUUUGGAACCUGUACAAGGCACCUGUCCUGCUGGCCUUGGUAGCUGGGGAGGCUGCGGCCAUCAUGGAGAAUGUCAGUGAUGAUGUCAUUGUUGGACGCUCAAUUGCUGUGUUGAAGGGAAUUUUUGGGAACCAUGCUGUGCCACAGCCUAGAGAAACGGUUGUCACUAGGUGGCGUGCAGACCCUUGGGCAAGAGGCUCUUAUUCUUAUGUGGCUGCUGGAUCCUCAGGUAAUGACUAUGAUUUAAUGGCCUCUCCAAUAGCCGUGGACAAUGAUGGCAACAUCUCUCAGCCAAAUAUCACCCAGAACAAUGAAACCAGCAAGGAUGACAAGAAACCACAGGAAAUCCCAAGAUUAUUCUUUGCAGGGGAACACACCAUCAGGAACUAUCCUGCCACUGUGCAUGGAGCAAUGCUGAGUGGUUUAAGAGAGGCUGCCAGGAUUGCUGACCAGUUCCUGGGGGCAGACUGUGCCAUCCCUCCCAAACCUGCCACUGUACAUUUAUGAUAGGUUAUUAUUCUUGGACCUGGUUCUUGCAUGGAGUGAGAAAAACAAACCUCCAGUUGAUCCCACUGUGACUGUCGAUUGUGAAGGUGGAGCAGCCAUCUAGGUUAAAUUUGAGAAGAUGGAUCAGAUGGAUAAUGUGUUGAAUAAUGUUGGCAACAGAGAUGGUUCAUUCUGGUCUGUAUGUACAGAUCAUUAAACUUGGAGAUGGAGCAAAACAGCAAUAAAAUCAGAAAUUACCAAUAUUGGACAGCAAACAGACAGUGCUAGAUGUUUCCGUGUAAGAAAAUGGACUGUUUUUGAUCGAAGGCUGUCACUCUGUUAAUCUAUGAGCUGAUAAUUUUGCUCUAUAAAGAAACUCUAUAACACUAGUUCCCUAGCUCCAUUAACAUGUAAUGAAUAAAUCGAUUGGAAGCCUGUCUUUACGUUUACAACCUUUAAUGUAUAUUAAUUUUAUACAACUAAAUGAGAAAGGUCAAUCGUUUGCUUGGAACUGUGGUAGCUUGUAUAUACCAGUAGUUAUGGUAGAUUUUGGUAAAAGAUAUUGAUAAAUCUUUUAGAAUGUAAAUAAUAUUACAGUAUUUUAAUACAUGAUGCAUAUGGAAAAAUAAAUGCAUAAGUAUUUGGAACGUU